AUGGUUCACAUAAUAUUAUUAAUUCAAUAUGCUGGCAGUGCGAGAACAAAAUCAUGGGCUGAAUUUAAAUGUAGUCGUGAUUGUGUCAAAUAUAUUUGUACGAUGUAUGAGGAAAACUUAAAAAAAGCAAAUUCACAUUUGCCUCAAAUAACUUACGACAUUUCUGAUCUUUAUAAUUAUAUUGAUGACCUUAAAGACAUGAGUUGCAUGAUAAGUCGUGACGAUAGUGACGAAUAUAUCGCAUACGAUAAAGGAUGGCUUAAAAUGAAAAUAUUCUUCGUAUUACGUAAUGAAGUAAAUGUUGAAGAAGAGUUCAUUGAUUAA